AUGGGGAUCAUCCCAGAUCUCCCAGUUCCUAUCUCUUUGGUAUCUGGACAUUAUUUUUUGUUCUCAGCUGAUGCGGCGACCUAUCUACGCCGGGAACAUCAUAUAUGUGGCGUCUUGAUAGGAACACUACCCCAAAUCCCACAGCAGAAUGUGUUCCUUGGCCUUCCCCUGGAACUCAUGCCCGAGGAGGCAAGGCUGCUUAUAGAGAAGGGCGUGGCCUAUAUUGUUGAUGAUAUCAAAGUGCAUGAGAAUGGCAUGCAAAACAUAUCUGAUCAGGAUCGACGUCGUUACCUGCAGCGCCUCGAGCAAGAAGGUCGCCAAGCGGCUCUAGUCCAAGCUGGUCGUAAAGAACAAAAGAGAGAGGAGGCUCUCAAACAAUUAAAGAAGAAACAAACGUUUAAACAGACAGAGUCACCGCAGGACCUGAGCCAGUCACCUUCUCAAUCUCAAAGUUCCAAUCAAGAAGAACCCGAGGAACUACUCUUCGACAACGGUGAACCAGCUCUUCACUCAGCCCUCACGUCCUCCAGGCCAUCCAUUGCUGUGCAUGCCGCUUUCGGAAUAACCCCGGCAACAUCGAACGGUUUAUUCCCAACAACCACGCCUCCCUCGUUCUCCACUCUGCCAGAUGUACCACCAUCUUACCCUCUUUUUAAACACUUACACUCGGAAGGAUACUUUCUAUCUCCUGGCCUCCGCUUCGGAUGCCAAUACCUUGCCUAUCCCGGAGACCCGUUACGUUUCCACUCCCACUUCUUAGUUGUUUCUGCAGAUUGGGAUGAAGAAUUCGACCUCAUGAAUCUAGUCGCUGGUGGCCGACUGGGGACUGGCGUCAAGAAAGGUUUCCUCAUCGGAGGUGCGGAACCCUCGGAUGGCUUACGUGUGAAGACUUCUCCUGAUGACGUGAGGACUUUCAGCUUUGAAUGGGCGGGAAUGUGA